GAGGGGGCGUGGCCAACACCGACCCUCGUCCCACUUGUUCCUGCACUGACGUAUGACGUAACAAGAUCUGAGUACUAUACUUACGUUACGUUCUAGUUCUAAAGCUGUUGUGUCUUCUUCUGAAAUCCACUCUAUUAUCAAUAUGUCGGGUGACCUUGCUUCCUUGGUGAGUCGACUAGAGACAGUGACCACACGCCUGGAGAGUGUGGCUGCCUCAGGAGGAGGAGGGACCACACCACCAGCUGCAGGUACUUCUGAAUCAGUGGAAGCUUUUGAUGUGGUACUCAACGGAAAGAUCAAAACUUUCUUUGAGCUAUCAAAGUCAUUUGAAGGAGAAGUUGCCGAACAGUCCAAGCUUGUGGAGGAAGCGUAUCAACUUGUCCGUGGUAUUCUAGUCUUGGCCUCCCAGCACAAGCAACCAGCCAAGGAUGUGCUCUCUACCCUCAUGAAACCUCUGGCUGAUAAAGUACAAGAAGUUGUGACAUACGCUGAGAAGAGACGUUCAAGUAAAGUGUUCAACCAGUUGAUGACAGUCAAGGAGGGUAUUGGAUGUGUUGGGUGGGUGAGUGUGUCCCCCAAACCAGCUCCAUAUGUCAAGGAGAUGGGAGAUCAGGCUCUCUUCUAUGGCAACAGGGUCAUCAAGGAAUUCAAGGGAAAGGAUGAGAAACGUGUUGAAUGGGUGAGGGCCUUCACAGGAUCUUUUGCUGAGCUGCAAACAUACGUCAAGGACAACCACACUACUGGACUAGUCUGGAACAAGCAGGGCAGUGUGUGUGCUGGUGGUGCCCCUCCCCCUCCUGCUAGUGCUGGCCCACCUCCUCCACCACCCCCUGCUGUGUUACCCCCCACUGACGCACCCAAGCCCUCUGGUGAUGCAGCAGCCAAGGCCAAUCUCUUUGCCAGUCUCAACAAGGGCGCUGACGUCACCAAAGGUCUUAAGAAGGUGAGCAAGGAUCAGAUGACACACAAGAACCCAGCUCUGAGGGUCUCCUCGGUUGUCAAGGAGGGAGAGAUCAAGAAGACCACCUCCUCUGCUCCUAAAGCCAUGGCCACCACUGUCAAGAAGCCUCCAGUGUGUCAGCUCCAGAACAAGAAGUGGGUGGUUGAGUACCAGGACAACAAUCCCAGUCUCACCAUCUCUGAGACCAAUGCCAAGCAGAGUGUGUACGUGUUCCGCUGUACCAAGACCACCAUCAAGGUCACUGGCAAGGUCAACUCCAUCAUCCUAGAUAACUGCAAGAGGGUUGCUCUGUGUUUCGAUGAUGUCAUAUCUAGCUGUGAGGUGAUCAACAGCUCCAGUGUGCAAGUGCAGAUUCUAGGAAAGUGUCGAACUGUGUCUAUUGACAAGACUGAUGGUUGUCAGGUCUUCCUCAACAAGGACUGCCUUGAUUGUGACAUCUUCUCUGCCAAGUCCUCUGAGAUGAAUAUAUGCAUCCCUAAAGGAAGUGAUGACUAUUCUGAGUUUGCUCUGGCGGAACAGUUUAAGAGUAAAUGGAAUGGGAAGACCUUUGUGACCGAGUGUUCCGAUGUGUGAGGAGCUUGAGAGCAGUGACUCUGAUAAAUGUAGCAUACAUGAGACUGCAUUAGAAGUAGUUUGCUUAUGAGAUUCAAUUCUAUAGUAGUGUUUUGUGUUAUAGCUCUUGUUUAGUCAAUUGUGUUUGGAAAUUUAUGAGUUAGUUUACCAUUGGAGAAUUAAAGAGAACGUUUUCUAUUUUCAAUAAAUAACUUUCAACAAUA